CGUCAUUGCAUCAAUUUAGGCACAGCAAAAAAUUCAUGAAUGCUUGACAACCCUAUUUCAGGCGCAAGAGCUGUCAAAAUGUGCAUGAGUUUUGCUUUGCAUGCAUUGCAUUGAAAUUUUUCCAAAUGGAGGACUCGCCAAAAAAUGAUAAAAAGUGGACGCACGAGCGCAAAAAGUUGCUUAUCAACGUACGACUCAGCCACGAAAGUAAUUUCGCAACUAAAACAAAACGUAGCACAAUUUGGCAGAAAAUUAGGCGGGAUAUACUGAAAAAAGACAAUACUUUUCCAUUUUCUCUCGAUGAAAUAAUGCGCUGCUACACCAACUUGUUGGGCACAUAUAAGCGAAUAAAGAGAAGAAGCGCAACGUCCGGCAAAGCUGCCACCAAUUGGGAGUUCUUUGAGGAAAUGGACGAAGUUUACGGCACACGCUGCAGCGUCGUUGUACCUAAGAAUACGGUGAAACGUUCUUUAGAACCAACAGAAAAUGAAAACUCUUCUUCAUCGCCUUCGCCUUCUCCUUCGGCAUCCCCAGAUGUCACGGAUACGAUAAGAAUCCGAAAACGUAAACGAAAUGAAGUUAUUGCUUUCUUGGCAUCCGAAUCCGAAAAACAAGAGAAAUUGUUUGAGACGCUGGUGGCGACAGAGAAAGAAAAAAUAAGGAUUGAAAAGGAAAAAUUGUUGGAGCUAAAAGCCAUACGGAAAUUGUAUGAACGCAUUUUAGAACGCAAUAUCGACAUUAUCUAACUUUUUUUAAAUUAUUAUAACCUUAACAAAGUAAAUGAAGAUUGCCAAGGUGUUUGUAAAGACUAAAAGGCUAGAGACCCUGUAAAGCAUAUACCAAUAGAAAUGAUCAGUAUGACGAGCUAAGUCGGUUUAACCAUGUUCGCCGGCCUGUCCGGCUGUCUGUAUAUGCUGUAUAAACUGAUCGAACAAAAUUCUUGAAAGGAAUCUUGAUUUUGUGAAGGGUAUUAUAGCUUCAUUGCAAAGAAAAUUAACAUGUUUUCUUGUUUCUAGUUUCUUUUAACAUUAUAUAAUGAAUUUUUAGUAAAAAAAAAUCUUUUAAUAUUAAAUUGUUUAUAUAAAAUAAAAGCACU